AUGCCACAAACUUUUGGUGAAUCAAUGCAACCUUUGGUAGUAGGCAAUGUUGAAGAAUUAGGAUAUUGGAAAAGACCAAAGACGAAAUUACACCAAAUUGAUAUCAAUUCUACAUAUUGGGCCUCUGAUCCAAUUAAAAUCUAUAAGAGAGAUUAUAGUACUGUUAAAUAUAAAUAUGCAUUUUAUCGACCAAAAGAACCUCAACAACGAGAAAUAAUCUCUUCAUUUACUGAUUUCAUAUUCGGUGACAAAACAAUUGUAAUGGAAGGUGAUUCAGAAAUGGAUGAUCGUGUAUUAUCGAGCAUAGAUAACCAAUAUGAUAUAUGGAAAACAAACCAUUCUGCAAAUCUUUAUAGCCCAUCUCUUAAUAAUGAUUUUAGAUUUUUUAAUGUGAUUUAUGAAUCGGUGACGUUAGAAAAUUUUAAAAAUAAAGUUAUGGAAUUUCAAUCUAUUUUAAAAUAUCAACAGACCAUUCGUGCGAUAGAAAUGGAUUCAAUUUACGCUCAUCUUUCAAAUUCACCAAAUGAAUGCCAAAAAAUCUUAAUCUGCGUCAUGUUAGCUUGUCAUAUCGAUUCUGCUCAACAAAAAGCAAAAAAUCAUAAUUAUAUGAAUUUACCCAAAAAUUUUCAUUCGGCUGAUUUAUUACGAGCAUUACAUAAAGUUCAAUUUGAAGACCUCCUACCUUCUGAUGCCAAAAUAUUAUUUACUAAUGUAACUUCAGCCUUGGUCCGGCAUAAUUCAUCAAACCGUGGUUUAUUUGAUUGGAUGAAGAUGUUUGCCGUUGCACAUAUUUUUGAUCAAGAUUACAUGUUUAUAUCUCAUAUCAAAAGGCAUGAAUACAAGGAUAAAGAUGGGAUACAACUUUUUUAUAACUUGCUAAAAACAAAUGUGAAGCCGCAUAUUGAUCAAAUUAAUAAAAUUGAUAGACCAUUUAUUUAUAAAAAGGUCAUAAAGGCUAUCAUCACUAUUUCUUUUUUUGAAAUCGAAUCAUGUGAUUUUCUCGUAAACGAAAUUAUUGGAAAAGAAAAUAUGGACCAAGAAAUCAGAGAAUUCUUAGGCGAAAAUAUUAGUAAAAACCUUAAUUCCAAUAAUCCAUGUAUGUUAGAACAUCAUUUUAAAUCUCUUACCGAAGAUCUUCAAGUUGAAUGUGUCUCAGCUUUUCGAAAAGAUUUUAAAAAAUUCAUGUAUAAUAUUGGAUCAACGUGGAAUGCUAAAGAUUCAGAAUCAAUGUUUCGGCUGUUUUCUCAAUUAUUUACCUCUGAACCGGAUAUUGUAGAAAUAUUAGAUCUUCUUUCCAAAUCGACAAAUUUAUAUUUACUACAAUCGUUUCCUAAAUGGUUAAAAUCCGUGUUAGAAUUAAAAGAUAACAUACGAUUAUCGAACAACAAUAUCUCAUCAAACAAUAUUUCAUCAAUCUGUAAUACAUGGUACUCAUCUAUAAUUGCUGCUAUGAUUCAAGAAGGGCAAAACAAUAUUGUUAUUGCCAUAUAUAAACAACUUUCGUCUCUUUCGUUCAUUCUCGAAAAAAGAUUCGAUAUUUAUAAACGAUUAUUGAGCAUUAUUGAAAAGAGAAUCUCCAAUAUUCCAAUAGAUUGGUUCCUUCGAUCAACAUCAUUUGUGGGCAAUCUUGAGCCCUAUAUUAUUAAAGAUUUUACCAAGGUCUUUAAUGAAAAGUUGAAUCCGCUUAUUGGCGCCACUGACGAUAAAUUAAUUACAAUUAUCGCUCAGAUAUGCGAUUCAUCGGCCCCACCGUUGAAUAUACCUAAUCAGUUAUGCGAAGAUACGAUCUGCUUUAUAUUGGAUAUAAUUCUCAAUAAAGCCAAAAUAUCUGGUGACUUCAAUAUUAGUAAUGAUGAACAACAAUCGUUAUUGUUCGGUUCUUCUAAAUUUUGGAUCUUUUUAUUAAAUGCUAAUGGAAAAGUGAAUAAACUUCAUUCUCAUCAAUACGUGAAAUACGUUCGAUCUCAAAUUAGUCAACUUGUUUAUUCAAUUAGGGAUAAUUCUAUUCAAUUUGGAUUACUUAAAACGUUACUUGAAUCGAAAAAUUACGAUUUAACAAGUUAUUUUAAUGCAGGUCUCAUUGCCGAUGAUGACAAUGAAGAAAAUUUAAUUACUGACGAUACACUAAGAUUUCUCAAGGACAAAUCAAAUGAACAUUCUGAUAUUAUUAAACAACUCUUUUUCUUCUAUAAUAAGUGGUGCGAUAAAACUGAUGAUGCUAAAAUUUAUUUAGAUGAUCUUAACAAGAAAGUUGAUGCUUUGAAUUCUAUACCAUUUUUUGAGAUUCUAACUCAAAAUUAUUGGUCACCGCAUAAAAUUAUGAUUAUUGAAGUUAGUCAAUCUGUAUUCCACUAUGCAGAAUCCCAAAUCUUUACAAAUAUUGUUGAAAAAAACGAUACCAAAGAUGAUGAAAUACAAUUGAGCGUAUCACAUGUAGCUGAUACUUUCAUAAACAAGAUAAUUAACCAAUAUAAGAAUACUUGUCAGAGUUACAAGAAUUGGAAGAAUAUUAAAUACUCUGAUGCUCAAGAACUUUGGAAAGGUAUUGUCAAAGAACAGGUUAAGCGUGAACUUGAAAUAAUGGCUAGUGAAACUUCAUGGAAAGUGCAGAAUGAUUUAAUUGAAUCUAUAGAAUUUCUGGCUCUUAUUCCAGCUAAAACUAAGCAACUUGAUCAUCUUUCAAAAGUUCUUAACGACCAAUUCGAAGUAAAGAAUGCAAAAAAAAGUUGGGUGGUUAAAAUGAUGGAAAGUUUGAAAAAGGAUGAUAUGAAAUUAUCUGAAUUGUCCGGGAUUUUUCGAAAGUUAAAUAAUCAUUUAAAUGAACUUAGUGAAAGUAGUUGGUCUGUGAUUAAGGAGCUCUCUCUUGCUAAUGAUUUUAUUAAAUUUUUACUUGAAAAAUUAAUCGGAAAUAAUUUAACGAAUUUUAUAAAUGAUACGAAACCGCUUAAAGAAGCCACUGUCGCCGCUUUAAUUGAAGUCAAUAAGGCACUAAAACCUUUAAAUGAAAAUGCUGCAAAAUUAUCAACCAUCGAAUUUUUAAAUCGUUUGCAUGAGGUAUCACAAAAAAAUCCUUCUCUCGCUGGAAAAAUAAAAUUAUGUGGUUCAAAUAAUUUAGCUAUAAAAAAUAUGCAUCUUUAUAUAACCAGCAAAGGCGAAGUUACCAAGGAACGGAUUAAAAAUGCUGCAACUAUCGGCAUCUAUAUUUUUAAACAUAAUGAAAAUUUGAAUACUUGUGAGCUAACUCUGAAAUAUGCAAUGACUCAAAGCCAAAAUGAAAAUUCAUCCCGUAUUGAAAAAUCAUACAAUAUGGCAGAUUUGCAUGAUCUUUACAGUCGUGCGCUCUUAAUCGGUAAAUCCAGAACUUCUACUGAACAACUAUUUGAUGAUAGUAAUAAAGAUAUAAGAUCACAUGUGCAUCAGCUCGUUACUCAAAUAGAUUUAGCACAACAUAUUGUCACUAUUGCUUCAAGAUUAAUUCAAUCGGGUCAUUUUCUUUAUCAAAAGAUUUGUAUAGAAAAGCACGGUUCAGAGUUAAAACAUACAUUAACUAAAUUAUCUCAUGAUUUGGAAAUAUGGAAAGAUGUAGUAGACCGUGCACAAAAUGAACACUAUUAUUUAACGUUCUUCUCUGCGCGUCACAUUCUGACCUUUUAUGAUUAUUUUAAAAGUAUUAGUAGUGUGCGAAAUAAUGAAAGUAAUGAAACAAAUGAAUUCAAUAGAGAUAUUUGUCAGAAUCUUGUGCGUUUCGUUAAUGAUGCAGCUCAUUUACCUGGACAAACUGAUGAAUGGCCUACAAUUCAAAAUGAAAAUGAUUUCUUACCUGUUCUUCGUAAAAUUGGUGCUACGUUAUAUAAUAUUUUUAAUGGCAUAGAACGAAAACCCAAUCCCAUUCAUAAAGAUAUUGAACUGGUCGUAGCAGAUAUGGUUUUUAAUGGAAAAUUAUUCGUUGCGGAUUGCCAUUCCUAUUCUUUGGUUCCAAAUGUGAUAUUAUCACUUUUUGUUAAUCAUGGAUCUUUUCCUAAAGCGUGGCAGAUUCUUAUUUGUCGAAGUACUACAACUGAUAAAGAGAUUUCACUUUUUAUUAAACAUAAAGAAAAGGAUUAUCUCUUGGCUCUUAUAUGCACUCGAGAAAAAAGUAUUAAUCAUCAUAUAUUAGAACAAUUCACAGAAUAUGUUCAUCCUACUAAUGGUCUUGACGAGGGAUCUAUGAAACUUUUAUACUCUAAAAUUUGCAAAGAUUCCAAAAAUUCCGUGUGUGUGACAUCAAAUAUGUCUGGUCAAGGAAAAACUGAAUGGAUCAAAGAAUCCAGUUUUAAGAAACAAAAGGUUCUACGUACCUUAUUAAUAAGUGAUAAAGUUAGCUUUGAAGCGCUGGUUAAAAAUUUGGCUAAUUUUAAAUUGGAAACUUUUGAAAGUUUACAUAUUGAUAUUAAUUUAAUCUCCCAUUCUCAUGAUGUCAACUUCUUCUUGUUUCAAUUAUUAACAUUCGGAAUAGUUUUUAAUGAAAUGGAUAUAGUUAAUUUGCCUGAUACUUUAUUCUUCAUAGAAAUUGCAUCAACAGUUGGUCAAUAUUUAUUUGAAUCGCUUUCCUUAAUCAAGUAUAUACGGCGCCAACAUAUUGAAUGGGAUUUAAAAAAGCUUAUAGUGCCUCAUCAUAUUAACAGUCCCAUUCAAAUAGUUUCUUAUUAUAUGGAUGCACAUUCUCGUAAUGCUCUUGAUGACAUAAAUAUUCGACUUACUGGAACCGAGGCAAUUAGAGAACCGCUACCGACUGAACGUUGUCAAGAAUUACUACGUCAAUAUUUUUUCAGAGAUCAGUUAGAUAACAUUUUUUCUUAUAGAUUUUUAGAAAUUUUUGUUAAUGUAUUAGCUGAUCAAUUGGUUCGAUUGUCUGCAAGCUCCUUUUUUCAGGUGGAACAAUUACGUCUGAUGACUAAAGAAACAAAGAUUCGUUCAUCACUUUUUGAAAUAUUAAUUUCUUGUUCUAAAGAAUUUGCAACACGAGCAAUUAAUACUAAAGAUAUGCAAAAAGUACAAAAAGAAAAUGCUCAGAAAGAAAAUAAUCAAGAUAUCGAUAGAGCUCGACUUGGAAAUAUUGUACAAUGGAAUGACUCGAAUCAUCUUAUUGUUGCAUUUUUAUCUCAGAUGCCAAAUUCAAUAUGCGCACUUUAUAGAGAUAAAACAAAAGUACCAAAAAAUGUUGAAAAUUUAUUAAAGAGUCAAAAAGCAGUAUUACAAGAUUAUCAUAAAAUGGAAUCAGCUAAGUUAUUAGAAGUAUUGGAGCGACUUGCAAGAAGAAAAAUGCAAAAACUAGAAGGUUUGCCUGAAUACGCCUUAUCCAUAGAAAAUCUUCUCAAGAUGGCAAUGAUUUUAUUGAGAACACGUGCUAAUAUACCAGUGGUCUGCUGCGGUGAAGCUGGUUGCGGCAAGACAAGUCUGAUUAGUUAUUUGGCAAAGAUAAUGGAGGUUAAUUUCGAAACACUAGAUUUCCAUGCAGGAAUUCAAGAAUGUGAUAUUUCAAAUUCUAUAAAUGUAGCAGAGAAGCUUGCAAAUGAAGGCGAAACCUGGUUAUUUCUGGAUGAAAUAAACACUUGUAAUCAUAUUGGAAUACUUGGAAGUUUAAUUUCACAUCGAAUUUUUAAUGGAAAACCAAUACAUCCGAACAUUCGAAUAUUUGCUGCUUGUAAUCCUUAUCGACUAAGAACUAAAUCUCAAAGUGAUGUGGGUCUUUCUGCAAAACUGUAUGAGGAAAAAAACCAAUUAGUUUACCAAGUACAUCCAUUGCCAGAUCAAAUAUUAGAUUAUGUUUGGGAUUAUGGUUAUCUUAAAGCAGAAGAUGAAAAAAAUUAUAUCGAUAUCAUGGUUAAAACUAAAUUAGGGCAUUCAUUUUUUGCAGAGUUAUUAUAUUCAUCACAAGCAUUUAUUCGUAAUGUCGAAGAGCCAUUUAGCGUUAGCUUACGGGAUGUGAAUCGUGCUAUUAAGCUUUUCAAAUUUUUCAAAAAACAUGAUCCUUCAACAGAACACAUUAUAGACCCACUCGAAAUUCGUCCAAUGGUAUUGGCACUUAGCCUAUGUUACCUUUUUAGGCUUCAUAAUCCAUCUCAACGUAAAAAAUAUCGAGAAGAAAUUAUUGCUAUAAUCGAGAAAUAUCAAAGCAAUCAUGGAAUAGAUUUAUUUGAAAAAACAAUUUCAAAAGAGCAAGAUAUGUAUACUAAAGGUAUGCAAUUACCUGAAGGGACUGCAUUGAAUGAGGCACUUCUAGAGAAUAUCCUCGUGAUGAUUGUUUGUAUACUAACACGAAUACCAGUUUUCAUAAUUGGUGCACCAGGAAGUUCAAAAUCUUUGGCUGUGCGCAUUAUCAGUAUGAAUCUUCGAGGUGCAGAUUCGAAUAAACCUUACUUUCAAACUCUUCCACAAGUUUAUAUAAUACCAUAUCAAGGUUCAACUUCUUCAACUUCUGAAGGAAUCAUAAAGGUUUUUGAAACUGCUAAAAAAUAUCAAGAAGUUAGUACCAAUGAGAACCCUGUGAGAGCCGUCGUUCUGUUAGAUGAAGUUGGAUUAGCAGAAACUAGCCCACAUAAUCCAUUGAAGGUGCUUCAUUCUUUAUUAGAGCCGCCGUUUGGUUCCAAAAAAAGUCAACCAGUAGCUCCUGCUAUUACUAUUUCCAAAAGUAGCCAACCUGUAGUUCCUGUUAUUGGAAUCAGUAAUUGGAGAUUAGAUAAUAGUAAAUCAAGUCGAGCAUUAUUAAUUCAACGUCCUCUUUUUUCUGAAAAUGAUUUGGUUGAUACAGCGAAAUGUUUGCUUGGAGAUAGUAAAGUUUUUAGUAAUGUUAUUUCGAAUUUUAACGAAUUCUUGAAAAAGCUUGCGAAAGCUUACCUUCAUUACAUAGAGCAUCAAAAAUACCAAAAUUUUCAUGGCCUUCGAGAUUAUUAUUCCCUAAUUAAAAGCAUAAAAAGCAUGGACAAGGAAAAAUUGAAGGAAAAUUUCCAUCGAAAAGCAAUUAAACAAUUUGUUGAAAAAUUUUCAACAAAUAUUCAGAAUACGAUAACAACGUUGACACCAGAAAUUUUGCAGCUCGCUAGACGUUUAUACUUUAAAGAUUUUAUAAAAACUUGCUCUGCUAAUACGGGAUAUCUGAAUGAAUCUGAUGUGAAACUACUAGAAUUUAUUUUCCGUAGUUUAUGCAAUAAUGAAAUAAUAAAUGAUCCCGUUAGAUUGCACAUAUUUUGGUGGGAUAACUCUGAUUCUAUUAUCGCCGAACUAGGAUUGGCUCGUAUGUGUCCUUCGAUCUCAGAGCCUGAAUCUAAUUUACCUGAAGGUGAUCACUUUGGAGAUUAUGUAAUAAAUGAGAUAGUUAAUUUGAUGCUCGGAAAGAUUACGUCAUUGAAAUAUGAAACUAUAGACGAAUUAAUUAUUGCAAAUUAUUUAGGUGAAUGGCAACGACAAGUCAUUAAUGUUUUGUCAUUAUGUGCGAAUAUUGAGAACUCUUUAGAAUCCAAAAUUCUUCAAUUUUUACGUAUAUGUAAUGAUCUGGUCUCAAAUCAAUCAAUCAAUAUUUCGGAUAUAAUCGAUACCAUUAGUAUUCAACAGGAACCUGAUCCAAUAAAUAUUCUUUCUCAAGAAUUUGUUGACAGUGUGCUAAAACUUUUUGAUAUGCCAGCUACAGAACGAAACAAUACAUCACAAUGUUCUUUCUUUCGUCGAUGUUUUGAUAUAAUUCCGAUAGACUCACCAGUGCGUAUUCGCCUUUACGAAACACUUUUUGGACAAGAACCGCAUACUUUUAUUGGAUCUAUUUUAUCGCGUGUCUUGCUUUUAGAGGAAGACUUGCAAAAAGGAAUUUUUGUUCAUCUAAUUCAAAAUGCAAAAGCAGUAUUGGGUCGUUCGCCACGCCUGAAAGCUAUAAACAAUGCUCUUAAAAACAGCGGAAUCGAUUCACCAGUUAUGGCUCUGUGCUGUGACGUAAUGCAAAAUGACUUUUUUACAGAAUGGACUUUUAAGGAUCUGAAAGAUAACUUUAAAGAGGCAUUUGAUGUUUUAUGUAGUAACAAUUUCGAACCUUUGCAAUUGGUAUUAGCAGUAGCUUUACUCAAGGAAUUUGUAAAUGUUUUUUGGAACUCACUAGAAACACUACAAACCAUAGAAACAGAACCAAUUAAGUGUGAUGCUGAUAUUGAAGAAGUGAUUGAUAAAAUCGACCACGCUGUGAGGCGUCAAUCAUCUUUGAUUUAUUCAUUCAAGUUAUAUUUUCUUCGUAGUUUAUAUGACAACGGACUUUCAUUACACGGAAUUAAAUGCUUUUGCAAUAUACAAUCCGGAAUAUUUCAAUGGCUAACCGACUUUAACUGGGAUGAAAGCAACAACAAGAUUGGUUUCAUAGCUUAUCAUUGUUAUGAUCAAUACAUAGAAGCAGAAGAAGCGUUUAAUCCACUAUAUUUGCGCGGUCAACCAAUGCAAUUUGAAAAUUUUUUAAAUCAAGCUUUAAAUAACUUUUCAACAAGUAUUAAAAUGGCAAUCAUGGGAACUCUUAUCACACAUCUCUAUGAUAUACGUGCCAUACGAGGAUUAAGCACUAACGAAGAAACUGCAAUCCAAUGGCUGCAGAAUCAAUUGCCAAAUAUGCAACUUGAUGAGUUUUAUCGAGCUAAAUUAUUAUCUUUUCUUGAGAAUACUAAUCCCCUUUAUAACAUCACUCCGGAAACAAUUCAGACUGAUCUAUUGAUUCGAUCAGUCAUUAUUCAUAUAAUUGCACUUCAUUCUUGUAUUCCUGCAUCGAAUUCUCCGUUGGCUGCGUAUCUACGAACUCUAAGGAAUUGUAAAAAUACUUACAUAUUGGCAUCUUGUGUUGAUACUGAGAUCGCAGAUGUUCUUGUACCUUUUAUAAAUUAUGAAUGUCAGUGCGGCUAUAAAUAUAUUAUCAAUGGUACGGUUCAAAAAAGCAUUUGUCCACAGUGUGGGAGUUCUACCAAAGGGGUAAAAUGUAUUGUAAAUCUGGGUAAAAGGCGUAACGCUACUCAAGGUCUUAAUGGAAGCAAUGAGGAAAUAACACAAUUAGGCUAUGUUUAUGAAUCAAUUGAAAGCAGAAAAAAUAUCAACUUUCGUCUUCGUAAUUUGACACCAGUCUCUUAUUGCAUCUUACAUCUUUUUGUACACGUCCUUAUUGCUGCCGCUUCGAAUACAGAUCAAUGGGAUUUUUUCAACAAUCCUCAACAAAAUAACGAAAAUCAAAAUCAUGAAAUGAUUGACGAUCCUUUGGAUUAUUGUCAACAGCAUAUUGAAAAUGAUUGGCUAAAAUUGACGCUUUUAUUUGAUUGCGAUGAUGAGGCCUUGGCACUUAUAUUACAUUCAAUCCUCCGUUCUAUGUCCGAGAGUCAAAUUGAAACAACAGCAAUAUUAAAUACAGUAGAGAAACGACAAGCAUGGGAAAAUGAAUUCACUCAACUUUACAUAAAACCCAAAGUUACUAAUGCUCUUCGCACUGCAAAUGAUUUAAAAAAAUUGAUGACAAAAAAUCUUUCUGUAGUUUUUGCAUUAUUUGAAGAAAGGAAUGAAUCAUUACAUCUGUGCAAAGUGAUUGAAUUUUUAGCAAAUCUGCAAAAUGAAUUUUUACAACAGGUUUUAGCGGUUGGACAUGAUUUUUCUUCACUAAAAUUUUUAGGAGGGCAAUUAAUAAGUGAUUCAGAAAACAUGCCUCAAUAUCAAAAUUACGUUGAGUCGCUAUUUCUUUCAGAAGCACAUGCCAAAAAUAUUAUUAAUUAUACUUGGAAUCCUAAACUACUCUCCUAUAAUCAAUGUGGUCUUGAAUUUGGUCACGGGCAAGAGAUCCAAUAUGAAUUACAUAAAAUAGAGGCAGAAUUAGCAUACAAAAUUCUUUAUAAUAAAGUUUAUCUUAAAAAAAAUAAUGAUUCGCUGUGGUUGGACGUUUUCCAAUAUCAUAUGGAAUUACUUUCAAGUUCUAAAACAAACUUAAGAGAAAUCAGAGCAUUGAUUCCACAAGAACAAAUUUCAACUGAAAAACUUGGAUUUUUCACCGCAACCACAUUCACUUCAACAAUAAAUAGAAAUAAUCUAAAUAUUGCAGAUAUGUCUCUUAUUUUUGAUAAUCCCGCCAAACUUUUAUCUGAACUUGAAAUUCUACUUUGUUUUUUGAAGCGAACCUCAGGCGGAGAUCCUGAAAUGGAAAUUACAAAAUAUUAUGAUAAAUGGAUGAAACUAUCAGAAAUAACCGAAAAUCUCCAAUUUCACCAAGUAGUUACCGAUCUGUCUCAACAAAUGAAAGAUGAAAUAAAUGCAUUUGUUGAUUUUGAACAAUCACACGUAGUUGGUCGUAGUGGUAUAAAAUUAUCUAAAAUUACACAUAGAAAUUUUGAGCUAGCACUGAAAAGAUUCAUGUUUCGUUACUUGUCGUCAGAAUUGUAUGAUCCCGAUGAAAAACUUACAAAAUAUUUGGCAGAAAAUAAUGAUGAAAAAAAUAGUAGUGAUUGUUGGCCAUUGUGGGUUUCUAAUGGUAUUAUUAUCGACAAAUUUCCAAAAUCAUUAUUAGUUGCAAAUAUUUAUAAUGCAUAUAAAUACAUUCAGAGCGUAACGAAAUCAAAUUUGCAUAAAACUAAUAAUAGACUUCAAAAUAAUAGUCGUCAAAAUAAAAAGCAACGAAACAAAACUUCAAAUACUACCAACUCUGGUACAAAUUCACGUACUAAACAUAGCUUUAAUAAUGAUGUAGACAAUGUAUAG